AUGACCGUGACAAACAUUGUGGUGGAAAUCGAAGAGGGGCUUAGGGAGCCCCAGAACUCUCGCGAUGCUCGUGUCGAGAAGCUCUGGGCGAGCCUCGAGCCUGAUCAUACUGGUGAACUUGACCUAAAAGGUCUGCGGAAGGGGCUUCGAAGGAUUGACCAUCCCAUGAAGAAUGCCGACGAUAUGUUAAAACGUAUAAUGGAAGAGGUGGAUCAAAACGGCGAUGGCAAGAUACAAUAUAACGCUUUCAAGAAUGCCGGACUCACACUAUCGAACCGCCGCCUUACCGAGUUCUUUGACGAUAUGGACCUCAACAAUGACGGUUAUGUCACAUUUGACGAAUGGAGAAACUUCCUACUAUUUAUGCCGCCCCACGACCACGACUCCCAACUUCAUGCCGUACUUGACUUUUACUACUCGGUGGUCAGCGUGACUCCAGAAGGAGACACACUUGUGAGCGAGGAAACAUUAGAGGGUCUAGGUACGGACGGCUUCCGCUCUCUUUUCAUCACCCUUUUCGGCUCUCUUCUACGAGUCGCUUUCCCCUACGAUUUCCCAAGACCUAUACCUUCACCCGACCGGACAUCGACUUCCGUCAGUCAAUCCAACACCUCAAAUCCGGAUGAGUCCCCGAACCAGACCGAGAACAUGGCUACCGCGGCCGCAGUCUCAUAUCCCGACUACGAUGAUGCAGCUACCGAGAUAUCACAGGAAGUCGCCGAAACGCUUACACAACACGUCGACGAUGGCACCCAUGGACAUGAACAUGAACACAUCACUGGAGCUUCAACAGCAGUGCACAAGAAGUUUAGACUAACACAAUUUGUACCCGAUCCAGGCUACUUUCUAGCAGGUGCCAUCGCCGGUGGAGUGUCGCGUACGGCUACUGCGCCUCUCGAUCGGCUGAAGGUCUAUCUGCUUGUGAACACGUCCAGUCGUACUGAGACCGCGGGUGCAGCGUUUCGACAAGGUCGUCCUAUCGCUGCUUUGAAAAAUGCAGCAAAACCGUUUGGCGACGCUUUUCGAGAUCUUGUUCGCUCAGGGGGUGUUCGAAGUCUUUUUGCUGGAAACGGACUCAAUGUCAUCAAAAUCAUGCCGGAGACGGCCAUCAAAUUUGGCUCAUAUGAAGCGGCAAAACGCGCGCUUGCCAAUUUCGAGGGCCAUGGUGAUCCGAAGCAUCUCAGCUCGUGGUCAAAAUUUGCCUCAGGUGGCUUUGCUGGCAUGAUAGCACAGGCUUCGGUUUACCCGCUUGAUACCCUCAAGUUCCGCCUACAAUGUGAGACUGUCAAGGACGGUCUUCAAGGUGCAGCUUUGGUUCGCCAGACCGCUGCGAAAAUGUACGCAGAUGGUGGUGUGCGUGCCUGCUAUCGAGGUCUGACCAUGGGACUUGUGGGAAUGUUUCCCUACAGUGCUAUCGACAUGGGCACUUUUGAACUACUAAAAAAGUCCUACAAGUCGUACUAUGCUCGAAAGAACAAUGUCCACGAAGACGAUGUCAAGCCGGGAAACAUUGCCACAGGGAUCAUCGGCGCCACAUCUGGAGCAUUUGGAGCCAGCGUUGUCUACCCCCUGAACGUGGUGCGAACACGACUUCAAACCCAGGGCACGGCCAUGCAUCCGGCAACAUAUACUGGUAUCUGGGACGUAACGAAGAAAACGAUUCAGCGAGAAGGCUAUCGCGGCUUGUACAAGGGCCUUACACCCAACCUUUUGAAGGUUGCUCCCGCCCUAAGUAUCACUUGGGUCGUGUACGAGAAUUCGAAGAGAAUUCUUGGAUUGAGCUAG